AAUAGUCAUUUUCGGUCUAGUUUAUUUGUCCAUGGUUUUCGGUUUAGCUGUCCCAAGUUGGCAUACAACUUGUAAAAUUUUGACUUGUAUAACAUAACUUCUAAAUUACUAUAUUUAUCAUUAAAUAUUUAGUUACGUCUGUUUUUGAAUUCGUCGAUAUGGAAGAUCUCAAUGAAGUAUACCUUAGCCCACUUCCAGACUCGCCUUAUGUAAAACCUUUCAGGUUUAACUACACGCAGAACGGCAAGAAGAAGACAUGGGACCUGCUGGAAAUACACGAUUCUGUCGCCAUUAUAGUGUUUAAUAUUACAAGGCGAGUGAUGAUAUUCGUCAAACAAUUCAGACCAGCGGUGUACUAUAACUGUAUUAGCCGGCAAGACCGUGAAUCAAAUAACAUAGAUACCAAGAAGUAUCCGGCAUCUCUGGGGGUAUCUCUGGAGGUAUGUGCUGGUAUCAUUGACAAGAACAUGCCUGUAGAACAAAUAGCGAAGGAGGAGGUCCUUGAAGAGUGUGGAUAUGAUGUAAAAGUUACAGAUUUGCAGAAGGUAUUAGCAUAUAGGUCUGGUGUAGGUGUGGAAGGUGCUGUACAGUAUAUGUUCUACUGUGAAGUGACUGACGACAUGAAAACUGAGCAAGGUGGUGGUGUUGAUGAUGAAAUAAUAGAAGUUGUUGAGAAAACCAUUCCAGAAAUAGAAGAGAUGUUGCAAUCUCAAAGUAUACUGCCGAGUCCUCCUAGCAUGGUUUACGCUCUAAUGUGGUUUAUACACCACAAGGCGGACAAGUUUAGGAAGUGAGUAUGAGAUAAAUGUAAACAAUAUUCCUUUUUAUUUGUAAGGUGUUUUGGCUGAUGAAUGUUUUGUUUUUGAUUGAUAGUUAUUUUCUAAUUUGUAACUAUAUUGGCACUUAAAUAGCUAUAAGAAAAAAUUAACAGCUCACUGCUACAAUGACAAUGAAUUACAUAUACGAAAUUGCUUAACAUUCUGGCUUAAUACCACAAUAAUUAACCACAAGGAAUUAAAUACGUAUCCAAUGUCAGUAACCUUAUGUUAAAUAUUAUGAAUGACAAUAACACAACAUUAAUCAGUUAAAACUGGCUUUUAUGUUUAUAAAGACCAUAAGUGAAUGCUUAGCAAUAUUUUCAGGGUACCAAAUAAGUACUAUGUUUGUAUAAUUAAUGCCUGUUUUCACAUACCAUUCCAAAACUAAAUAGAAUUACAGCACUGUUAAACAUACGUAGGCUAUUAUGAGCUGCAUUAUACUCGGAUGUGUGUGAGAAUAAGCAUAACUAUGGGUUUAUUUGAGGGUUGAUAAUAGUAUAAGGAAAAUAAUAUUAUGUGCCUUUGUUUAGGUCUUAUCCAAUGAAAAUAUAUUGCAAAUAUUUCCUUCAUAAUUUCUCUUGGAAGGUUUUACGGUGACUAUGUCCCAAUUUGAUAAUUUUUAUCAAAAUUGUAAAAACUGGGAAAUAAUGUAGAGGCUCGCACAUUCGCAUCGGAUUAAAUUAUAACAAUAAUGUUACUCAUAUAAGGAAAAUUGUUGCUACAAUGUUUCUCAGAAGUAUAACAAAUACUUAAAUCACUUAAAAACAGUCUGAAUGAAACAUAUAGUUUAUGGUACCAAUCUUUAUAAUGUAAUAUCUAAAUAAACAUCAAUAAUAACAUUGGGCAUCAUAUUAUGUCAUAUAUCUAUUCUUUUCAUUGAUUAAAGUAUGUUUUGGAAUCUAUCAAAAUGAUAAGUUGAUUUCUGUGUUUGAUCCUAUCUAUAGAUAUUUAAAUGUCAUUCAGUCACAUGAGCAUAGUUGGGGUGACAUUCAAAGAUAUAUUUACACAGCUGACAAAUUUUUAUUAGGUGUCUGAAGUAGACAUGCCCUAAUAGACAUUGUUUCCAGUCAAAAGGACAAUAUGGGUAAAGGACAGGGAAGGACAGAAAUAAUAUACUAGUGAAAUGCAAUAAGUAUAGAAUCUAUGAGUAGAAUUUAAAUAUACAAAUCCAAUUUUUUUCUUUUUGUAUAUCGACAGAACUUUUGAAAGAACAUGCGUGGAGUGUAAAGUGAAAUGAUUUUAUCCUGUACGUAUUUUUCCAUAUUUUUUUAUUUGUAGCUUGACAUAGCUUAUUGUCACAACUUUAGUUAGAUUCUUAGUAAAUUAAUAAAUAACACACAUAUUGUGAAUUUAUUUUUAUCCAAUUAAAUAAAAUACUGUACUUUUUACAUUUUCCCACCCAAUGUUGAAAUGAUUUUAAUGAAAUUAACUAUGUGGAUUGUAGAUUAAUGAUAAAUAUAUGGUAACUUUUAUUUCGAAACAUUUAAAUGCAUUCACUUACAUCAUACAUUAUAUAGAAACGAGACGAUAAGUUUAUUAAUAAUAAAAAAAUAGCAAGUGUUUGGUUAAUUACGUACAAAUAAAGGAAUUGAUAAUUUCAUAAUUAGCGAGAGGUUGAUGAACUUAAACUAGUUUUUUCUGGAAUUUACGUAUCACCAAUUGGCAUAGCUAUCUUAUAAACAUUGUAUCGAUAAUUGUUUAUUUUAAAAUUUUAUACAUUUAUUGUAACGUUGAAUUGACAUUUAAAAAUAUUCAAUUUGCCCUCGCGCAUUUUAUUAUAAUUUAUUGGUAAUGUUACAUGUGAAGUAACUAUUAGAAAUGCAUAUAAAAUUAAUGCCUACGUUAUAUAUUGACGUUAAGAAUUUACAAUGCGACUACAUUCAUGCUUUAUGUAUAAUGUCAGGGGGCCAUGUUCCGAUGACGGUGCCAAAUCCGUCUAUUUGCAAUUACGGGCGUUCGAUUCGACGAACAGCAUUUAUAGGUGGUUUAGGUCAAUGACGUUU